GUACACAGCGAUUGAAUAUUACAUCUGCUGGAGUGGUGAGCUCUGUAAUCGAACGUUAUUUCAUUCGUGGAUUGAUAUUACAAGUCGCUGAGACUCGGAACGUCGAAUUGAUUCAGAAACUGUACAACAAAAGCACCAAAAUGCCUGUGGAUUUGUACUAUUUACCGCCAAGUAUUCCCUGCCGAGCUGUCAUGAUGCUCGCUAAAGCCUUGGGCAUUCAUUUGAACUUGAAGGUAGUCAAUAUCCUGGAAGGCGAGCACUUGAAGCCGGAAUUUCUCAAGAUUAAUCCGCAACACACGAUACCGACGAUCAACGAUAACGGACUCAUACUUUGGGAAAGUCGAGUCAUCAUGGGUUACUUUGUGGAAAAGUAUGCAAAGAACGAUUCGUUGUAUCCGAAGGAUCCGCAACGCAGAGGCAACGUUGACCAGAAACUUUACUUCGACCUCGGUACGCUGAACCAAAACCUUCUGAAGACUUACUUUCCAAUUAUCCUUGGCCAAGCUGAAAGUGUCGACGAUAAGAAUUUGGAAGCUCUGGAAAAGGCGUUCGAAGUACUUGACACGUUUUUAGAGAUGAGCAGAUUCGUGGCCGGAGAUCAGUUGACCAUCGCCGACUUCAGCAUCGUCGCCACAGUCAGUACAGCUGACGCAUUCGGCUUCGACAUUGGCCGAUUCGACAACGUCGCCAACUGGUACAGACUGUGCCAAAAAGCUCUGGCCAACUUUGGGUACGAAGAGAUAAACGCCAACGGAGCCAAAAUGUUGGGGGAUAUGCUGAAAAAACGCAAAGCUGAAAUGACGAUCGAUCUGUACUACGUACCGGGAAGCGCGCCUUGCCGUGCUGUUCUACUAACUGCCGCUGCUGUUGGUGUCGAAUUGAAUAAAAAAAUGACCGAUCUGAUGAAAGGCGAACAUCUGAAGCCCGAGUUUUUGAAGAUGAAUCCCCAGCACACAAUACCGACCUUGGACGACGACGGUUUUUACCUCUGGGAAAGUCGCGCCAUCAUGGGAUACUUGGUUGACAAAUAUGCGAAGAACGAUUCUUUGUUCCCGAAGGACCCUAAAUCUCGGGCGCUUAUCAACCAGAGACUUUACUUCGACCACGGAACUCUCUACAACGCAUUCGCUGAAUACUUCUAUCCAACGAUAUUCGGCAACGCGCCUGCCGAUCCGGUCAAGCGGGAGAAGAUCGAUCAGGCACUUGAAUUUCUGGACAAGUUCCUCGAAGGGCAGAAAUACGCCGCUGGCAAGACCCUCACGAUCGCUGAUCUCGCUCUGGCAGUGACCGUAUCCAAUUUCGAGGUGAUGAACCUCGAUCUGAGCAAGUUCAAGAACGUCGUACGUUGGCUUGCCACUAUCAAGUCCGAAGCUCCGAAAUACGAGGAGACGAACGGAGCUGGAGCCAAAGCCUUCAAGGAGCUAGUCGACAGUUUGAAGAAGUAGAUUUAGCCAUAUCGAUUAUUAUUUUUUUUUUAUCAUCACUGUACGUUGCUUAUAUAUAAAAGAUCGUGCGAGUGCACGUAAACGGUAUUACCUAGAGUAGAACCGAUUCGAGACUUCUCGUAGAGUUAUAGUUUAUUUUCUCCUCUUUUAUUAGUUGAUCAAAGGCUGUAAACCAUUCGCACAAAUAUAUAACUUUGUUACACAUUUCGUGAGGAA